AUGCUGGUGACAGAGGAGGCGUGUGCUGCAGCAGUCCCAGGAGCCACCAUGCCCCAGGAGCCCCGGCAGACAGAUUUCCAGCUGGUAAGAGUCAAGAGCACGUGGAGCCGCAUCAAGAAAGGAGAAGCCCUCUCCAACGAGGAGGCUGAGGUCACCCUCUCUGAGGCAACAAUAGGUGAGUGCAUCUCCGAAGGUGGGAUUUCCUGGAUCAUUGAAGCCCCCAUCUAUUUUUGCUACAAAGUGGUAGAAACGUACAACAUCCUGGAGCCCUCUAACACCACUCUGCUCUGGGGUCACAUCACUGACCCCCAGCAAAUAGAGCUGGCCACGGCCAGCAAGAGGAAACUGAGGCGCUUCAUCGUCAUAGACGAAGUUGUCGACAAACUUUACGGCUCCAAAGUCAGAGAAUACUUUGAAGAGAACAACGUCCAGCACAAAAUCCUUGCCCUGCCGACCACUGAGGAAACAAAAUCCAUGGACUUGGUGUUGAACAUCUUGCACGAGGUCCAGAGCUUCAGCCUGGACCGGCGCACGGAGCCCAUCAUCGCCAUCGGCGGGGGCGUGUGCCUGGACAUCGUUGGCCUCGCCGCGUCACUCUACAGGAGACGCACUCCCUACAUUCGAGUCCCCACCACCCUCCUCUCCUACGUGGAUGCCAGCGUGGGGGCCAAGAAUGGGGUGAACUUUCUGCAGUGUAAGAACAAGCUCGGGGGCUACACCCCCCCCGUGGCAAGUUUCCUGGACAGGUCCUUCCUCCAGAGCAUCCCUCGGCGACACAUCUCCAACGGCCUCGGGGAAAUUUUAAAGAUGGCCCUCAUGAAACACAAAGGGCUGUUUGACCUGCUCAAGAACCAUGGAAAAUACCUACUGGACACCAAGUUCCAGUCUUGCAACAGCUUUGCUCACCAUGGGGAUGCUGCACUGCAGACUACCAGGAUUGCCAUUGAAACCAUGCUGGAAGAGCUGGCUCCCAACCUCUGGGAGGAUGACCUGGACAGACUGGUUGAUUUUGGACACCUUAUUAGCCCAGAGCUGGAAAUGAGAGUUUUGCCGUCGCUGAUGCACGGGGAAGCCGUGAACAUCGACAUGGCCUUCAUGACGUACGUGGCCCACGCGCGCGGGCUGCUGGCCGCCGAGGACAAGGAGCAGAUCCUGCAGUGCAUGCGGGGCCUGGAGCUGCCAGUCUGGCACAGCGGCUGCAGCUGGGCCCUCAUCCAGAGAGCCCUGCGGGAGCGCCUCAAGCACAGCGGGGGACAGCUGCGGAUGCCCCUGCCCACAGGCCUCGGCGUGGCAGACAUAUUCAAUGACACGAGUGAAGAGACCCUGGAAAGAGCAUACGAGCUGUGGGUCAAGGACUGCAAGAUGGGGCUGGAGGAAGAGCUGCAAGCCCAAGGUGACAAUCCUGCCCCAAGCCUGAGCUGUUUGCCACUGUAAGGCAGUGGGCAGAACUGAAUUUUAAACAAGAUAAAUCCAGAAGCACCUGUGACACUCCAUACACUCCAGAGCUGCGUGGAAUAAGCAGAAUAUUGGCAUCUAUUGUGAUUUGCCUUUUUCAAUUGCUUUGUUUGAAAGGGAAUCUAUUAUUGCUGAAGGAGUGAUUGCUCACAAGUGAAACCACAGAAUACCAGUAGUGUAGUUCAUAGCAAAUGGUCUUCUUUCAGGGAAAGUGACCAGGAUUAUUCAUUAUUUAGUUAACCCAAGCUGGUAACAGCCAUGGCCUUUGCCACUGGUGUCCCACCAUUGCUUGUGCUUGGACCCCUGACACAAGCAGGUGUAGCUGACUUAUGGUAUGGAACCACGCAAAAUUUCUAUGCUAUAUAAAAUAUUUCAAGUAGGUUAUCACCUUUACUCGUCAUUCUUUUCUUCUUGGUGUUCUUCUUGUUUUCUCAAAUUCAAAAGAGCAAAACAAAGAAGCUCAUGUGCCAGUCCUUGCACCCAGUCUAAGGGAAUAACA